CCUCGGGCAAGAUGGCUGCCAAGAAUUUUGCAUUUGGCGUGAAAGGCUCCCGGCGCUUUUUAAGUGGUUUCGUGGCCGGAGCCGUAGUGGGCGCCGCGGGGGCAGGGCUCACGGCCCUGCAGCUCCUCCGAAGUCAGGGCGCUGAGGCCGCGGUGGCGGUGAGGGAGCCGGACGGUUCUGCAGAAAAGUCUGUCUUGGGACGAUUUGGAUUUCCUCUGAGUGGAACAGAGACUAGGUUUUACACUAACCAUGCCUUGUCUUACGACCAGUCAAAGCGGGAGCCUAGAUGGGUUCUUGAACACAUAUCCAAGAGCAAGAUAAUGGGUGAUGCAGACAGAAAAGAUUGUAAGUUCAAGCCUGAUCCCAGCAUCCCUGCGACCUUCAGCGCCUUCAACAAGGACUACAUUGGAAGCGGGUGGUCGCGAGGGCACAUGGCCCCAGCCGGAAACAACAAGUUCUCAGCAAAAGCAAUGGCUGAAACCUUUUACCUUUCUAAUAUUGUGCCUCAGAAUUUUGAUAAUAAUGCUGGAUAUUGGAACAGAAUUGAAAUGUACUGUCGAGAACUGACAGAGAGGUUUGAAGAUGUUUGGAUAGUGUCCGGACCGUUGACCUUGCCGCAGACCGGAAGCGAUGGGAAGAAAAUAGUUAGUUACCAGGUGAUCGGUGAGGACAAUGUGGCGGUCCCCUCGCACCUUUAUAAGGUGAUCCUGGCGCGCAGAAGCCCAGCGUCUACCGAGCCGCUGGCCCUGGGGGCCUUCGUGGUGCCCAACGAAGCCAUUGGCUUCCAGCCCCAAUUAAGUGAAUUCCAAGUGAGCCUUCAGGACCUGGAGAGGCUGUCGGGGCUGGUGUUCUUCCCUCACCUGGACAGAACGGGCGACAUCAGGAAUAUCUGUUCCGUGGACACCUGCAAGCUCCUGGACUUCCAGGAGUUCACUCUGUACCUGAGCACCAGAAGGGUCGCGGGAGCCCGGUCCGUACACAGACUGGAGAAGGUCAUGGAAAACCUGAGGGACUUAGGGAUCGAACCCGAUGAUUACUUCAUGAGCUGCUAUGAGAAGAAACUAGAAGAACUGAAAGCUAAGGAGGAGGCAGGGCGCCUGGAGAGGAAGCCUUCCUAGUUUUUGCCUCGGAAGUGCGAUGCCGUCCGUGCUGAGCAGGCGUGCCCUCUUCAGGCCCAUGCGUUGUGGCGGCUCGGCUUGUUCACAAAAAGGACCGAAUCCUACAUUUCAGACUCACUAUCUCCCCAAAAGAUGAAAGAUCCAAAAAUGUUUUGGUUAGUAUCUUAUUUGCCAUGGGAGCUGAUCAUUAAGGAGACUGCAACGCCUGCAGAUGAAGGGCUGCUCCCGUGUCAGGUGAGCGGGGCCGUGUUCGCAAGAUGACUCGGCGUCUGUGUCCCUCGGGACGCGUUGUGUGCGAAGGCGUGUUAUGGUCACGUCUCCAAGCCGAGCAGCGUCUCACGUGCCAGCCCCGCUGUUUGUUCUUGGAGCCCAGUAUCGUCUGCUUCCUUUCCCUGGGACCUGUGUCGGUCUCACAGGUAGUGUUCGGACGGCCCCUGGGCAUCACCCUGUUCACGGGCACCACGCAGUGGUGGGCGCGCGUGGGUUCGCGGCGGCAGUGUGUUCAACAGUAAGUGAUAAUGCCGGAAGGAACUCGUCCGCAUGCUCACCAGUGUGCGCCUGCGGUCGCCCACCCCUGUGCGUCUGUUUCUCGACCUUCCCGUCACGGAACCUGCUGUUUGUGUGACAGAGGAGCACUCAGCGGUGGCCCUGCCUGCCCACGUGCUGUGUCCUGUGUGAUGAGCGGAGUACUUUACAUGUGGUAGCUUACAGUGGCCCUCCGAGAUAAAUACCACUGUCCUCAUUGUCCUCCUGAGGCAAUAAGUGAGGAAACCCAAAGCGUACCUUUCUGAAGAAGUAACCCACCGGGGAUGGGGCACACAGGACUGAGAAGUCACGACGUGCGUUCAGAUCCCCAUGCACAGGUUUUUGGCUCAGGUGCAUACCUGCAUGGGUGUCUGCGAUCCUGGGGCCUGCUUGGUAGGCGAGGUCUGCUUCCUCGUCUGUCAUCACGCUGAAGGGGCUUGAAUGGCCUCUGACUUCAGCUCUUUGGGGAGGCACAAUCACAGGUCCUUGAAAGGUGGAGGACGGUGCUUUGUGGGGUUUAUCGGAAGCCCUGCUUGCCCCCAGAAGUGCAGUUCUUUCACGUGACUCCGUGCUGCCGAACUGGUGUUGCUGCAGAGAUGAAGGAACCCAAGGAGGGUCCGUGCCCACCGAUCCCCCUGCAGGAUUCGCUCACCCGUGUGCCUGCCCGUGUGUUGGGUCGCUCAGGGCGGGCGCUGCCCUCCUGGGCGGAACGGGAGUCCGUCCGCGGGCUCUCCUUCCCUGUAGGCAGUGAAGCACCUUAGGAGACUCCUCCCUUUUCAGAGGAGCUUGUCUGAGUGCUUCCCGUCACUGCUGUCCCUCCAAGUGUGUCACCGGGACAACUGUUGUGGCGUUUUGUCUCUAACAGAAAUGGCAGGGCUGUCAGACGGAGGUAAGGGGGCCAUGAUGAAGCUUGUUCUGCUUCUGGGGGAUAAAGAAACAAAGAACUUGGGGGUCAGAACGCGGCAGCCUGAUUAGUGCCGCCCUCUCCUAUCACGCUGUUCCCCAUUAGCUUGUGCCAGCCUCUCCACUCGGAGAGAGAGCCAGCGUGCGUGUCACCGUGACCAAGAAACCUGUCUCUCUCUCCUUGUUGGCGAGGUGACGGUGGGCUCCGGGUGUUCCUCGGAGCCCGGGGGGGCGGCUCUGCGGGAGCCGCCUUGGGCUCCCGCCCGUCCCUCCCCCCCACCCCGCCCAGCCUGCCGCUGUGCUGUUCCGACCUGAGCUCCCAGCAGUGUGGAGUGUCUUUCCACGCUGUUCCUCCUUUCUCGCCCCCAGAUGGGAGAGAAUCUGGAUUUUUAAAUCAGAAAAUUACAGUAUCUUAAGUUUAUGCUUGCUUUGAAAAAUGCCGCCUGAUCAUUGUGAAAAACAGAGGUUAACUAAUUUGAAAAAUGCAGUCACCCUAUCAUUUUUCUAUGUAGAAGCUUUUAUUUUAUUUUUAUUAAAUCAUUUUUAAUUGUUCUGUUACGGUUGUCCCAGUUUUUCCCCCUUUGCCCUCCUCCGCCCUCCCAGCCCCCCACGCCCACGGUCAGCCCCCACACUGUUGGCUGUGUCCGUGGGUCCUUCGUGCAUGCUCCUUGUCUAGUCCCUCCCUCCCCUUCUGUCCACCCUUACCCCCUCCCCGUGCCCCUCUGGUCACUCGCUGUCAGCCUGUCCCGUGUUUCCGUGCCUGUGGGAGACUGUUACGCUAAGUGAAAUAGGCCAGUUGGUGAAAGACAAAUACCGUCUCAUCCCACCUACAAAAGGAAUCUAGUGAACAAAAUAAACUCACGAACAAAAUACGUGUGGAAGUUUUGCUGGCACACAACGAUGAUGUUUGAACCGUCUCGCCGUCUCAGUGAAGAGCCCCACAGAACACAUUGGAGAAUGUGAGUCCUGGGCGGAGCUUGGAAGUUAUCUCCGGACCAGGUCGCUUCAGCCUGGGGCUCGGAGGCAGCGACGCCCCAGUGAUGCCCGAGGCCUCUCCCCAGCAUCAUGGGCGUGUCCCUCCGAUCGUGGGCCUCAUCGUGGGGCCUGAGCAAAUCGCCACC